AUGUCUGCGAAAAUUGUGCAGCUCAACAGCACAAUUGGCUGUAGUUUCAUUGGCAUCGUGUUUGGUACCCUGUACGCUUUACGGGCUCUCCUGCACCCAGACCAUGUAUUACUUCCGCAAAUAUCCAACGGACAGCGUCCACCAUGUCACGCCACCGGGUUAUGCGAGGCCGACGUCAAGUUGAACGUCUGUUACUCUCUCAACAAGCAUCUGAUAUUCGUCGAAUUCCCCAAUGUGAUGGCUGAGGGAUCUGUGGCAUGCUGUCAACGUGAACGGACGAGGAGGACAGGAAGGCUCGGUUGGGGUAACGUACCACCAGGCACAGUCCAGAUCGUGCUGAAAUUUCAGAGCGAGGAGACCGAACAGCUUCGCCGCCGACUCCGGGCAGCUGAGGGGUGGUCCAAGGACUGCAAUGCCUCUCUGGCUGCAGAAGUAGCGCGUCUCACGAGGGAGUCCGCGAACGCACAAACCUUGAUCCAACAAUGGGAAGGCUCCUUCACCCAGACAUCUCAGCUACCGCAAAACGAAGUGGAAAGUAAUUCCCUACUGCCCAUUUGUUCUCCGGAACGCUCUAUCAACAAGCUUGUGAAAGCAUUGGUGCCGGUCCGUAGCAUUACAGUUGUCUUGAUGUUCCCUUCGAACCCUAAGUAUUUUCGUUGUGCCAACCUCGCAGAUUUUAAGGGGAACUGGAACAAGGUGCAGAACAAGAAGCUGCUUAGAGACAAAAUGGAAUUUGUCGCAUACAACGGGUUUGAGUGGAAAUAUCUUGGCACCUUCACAUCGGCCAACGCCGACUCGGAGGAAUUGUCAAGGGAAGCUUUCAUAGCUCUUCCCGAUCAGACUCGCGAACAACUGAUUCGCCUGUCCGGUCAUAAGAGGCAUCGCACGGAGGUGAAACCGAUGUACGAAAGCGGAGAGAUGGUGGGAAUGAAGUUCAGUUUCAGGCGGAUUGGGUUCAAUCAUGCUUUGGGGGAAAUGCUCCGUGGAGUUGGAAAAGUUGCAUUGCAAUUGCGCGAGACGGAGCCUCAGUUGGCCUGUCAAAUCAUGUGUGCUCAUCUCUGUGGCCGAGAGAAAGCUAGAGCGGCAACACGGACAUCAUUCUCAGAGAAGAACCGCUCUUCCUUCGUCGUUCAGAUGCCACCAAUUCCAACUCAGCGAGAGGACUCUGAGGAGACCAAUGAACCGACUUGA